AGCACAAAUCGGAAAGGAUACCUGACAGAGUUUUGUGAGCUCCAUGAAGCCGAGAACAUGGAGGUCCUCCUGCAUAUCUCGGUCCGUUGGCUAAGCCUUGAACGUUGUGUGACCAGGAUCCUGAGGCUGUAUGAACCUCUGGCCAGCUACUUCAAAUCUGCUAAUGAAAAUCAGGCCAGGUUCAAGAGACUUUUGCAGACAUUCACUGACCCCAUGACAGAAGUGUACCUGCUUUUCUUCCAAGCCACCAUACCAACUUUCACUUCUUUCCACUUGCUGCUUCAGAGAGAGCAGUCAUCAAUAUUUUUGUUAUAUGAUGAGUUGGUGAAAUUCGUACGCAAGCUAUGCUCCAAGUUUAUGGUUCCAGCAGCUCUGCAGUGCCAGGAGGAGCCUUGUGAAAUUGCCUUUAAAGAAAAGGCAAACCAUUUACCAGGAAGAAAGUUAAACAUUGGGUUCACAACCAGGGCUAAACUUAACAGAUUGCUCGACGAGGGUGACAUCACAUCACAACAGGUGGAUUCAUUCCAUGAAGCUGUGUUGUGUUUCCUGACAAGUGCUGUGGACUAUGCACUUAAGAAGCUGCCACUGGAAGAGCCACUGAUCAAACACGCAAAAUUUGUAGAUGUACGGCAGAGGGCUGAAAGUGACAUAGAAGAUGUCCUGUACAUUGUUGAAAGGUUUCCCCAUCUCCUCCCAUACUAUGGGGGAGAGGAGCAUGACCUUCUGAGUGAAGAGUUUCUAAAUUAUCAGACCAUGCCAAUGAUAUCCCUGCAGGACGAAACUGAAAUGGAAAGCUUCUGGGCUGAAAUGGCCACCCGGAAGCAUAAGGUGACAGGAGCCAAAGAAUUUGAGAGGCUUGCUGCCAUCGCCAAGCAUGUCCUGGUGUUGCCCCAUGCAAACGCAGAUGCUGAGAGGGUGUUUUCAGUUGUGUGACUGAACAAAACCAAGAGAAGAAACAGCCUAGCAUUGGAUGGCACACUGUCCUCAAUAAUGACCAUAAAGAUGGCCAAUCUGGAGCCCUGCUUCAAAUGGGAACCCUCCUCCGAUAUCAUCAAGGCCUCCAAGAAGGCCACAGGCCAGUAUAACCUUGCCCACAGAUCAUAGACAAGAGACUAAUUCGAGAUGAGCCAGGUCUGCGCAGAAUCGAUUCACUGAUUUAAAGGUUUAUUUUGUACAAACCACAUGUUGUGUGGCUAAUAGUUAUGUUUAGAAGUACACUUGAGAAGUACAAGUUCAUCUCCAACAAGCCUAUUGACUUUAACCAGCUUCUGAUCUACAUCUAAUACUAAUUAUACCUCAUUUUGUUGUUAUUUUUGUAAUGCAUUCAUCUGCUUUUUUGCUUGAAAAAGUUGUACUGUUUUAGUUGUUUUAAGCACUUUGUUUGUUGCACUUUA